GCGCGCAUGCACCAUAUCUUCUACAUCUUUCGUGUACCGGUGGAAGGAGUGUGAGAGAUUUUGAACUUGUAAUAGGCAGAAGUUAGUGCUGGUAAUAGGUCGAUUAUUUGUGAGAAAAUGAACGGGAUGAUGAAAGCAGCCCUGAGAUUUUCAUCGUUUAAAACGGUUACUAAUCCGCUGAAACAAGCACUAUACCCGGGAAAUACCAUUGCCGGGACAACGAAGCAGCAGUUUUCACGAACGCUGUGGCACGUGUGUUCAACGAAAUCGGAGGAGAGUAAUGUUGGCAAUUUGAAAUUGAAAACCCCAACAAGUCUAUGCAGUUGUGGUUGUGGCAGUCAGCGGUUGCAGCAUACUAAGAGUGAACAGGAAUUGGUUCAGUUUUUAUCUGAAGAGAUUGCAGCUGAAUGUAAAGCACGGAAAAUAAAAUCAAUUCCUAGUAGGAUUGAUGGUUUUGAUGUUAAGUUGGAUGGGGCUGAAGUGACAUUAACAAAGAAAACAGAAAAUGAAAUAGUCAUUGUUACGUUCAAUGUGAACCAUACAGUUGAUACUGAUGCUGACUCUGAACCAGAGAUAAGCCCAAACAUGGAUAAGCCAGAUUUUGCGGAGUUGAAGUCUAAACCUUCUUUUGAUGUUGAUCUUCAGCUUGGAGAUCAGACAUUAAGUUUUACGUGCUCAUUCCUACAAAGUGAUAACAUGCAACAGUCAGAAGAUUACAAUGACAUUUUUGGUAUUGAUGAAGUCACUAUAUUUAAUGGAGAAUGGAGUGACAAAACAUAUGCUGUUGCUGGCGAUGUGCUAGAUGGGUGUCUUUAUGACUUGUUCAUGAAUCUUCUGGAAGAAAGGGGAAUCUCCAAUGAAUUUGCUGAAAAGCUGUCAGACUUCAGUACAGCAUAUGAACAUAGUUUGUACAUCGCUUUGCUGGAAAGCACAAAGAAAUUUGUGUCAUGAAAAUAAGAUAUUCGAGUGUGACUGAUACACAUGUAGACCCUUUAUACACAAACAUUUCCAUAAGCACUAUAUGCAUUAAUAAUUAAUACGCAUAUGACAAAUAUGUAAGAACUUGUCAAAGAAAGGGAAUGAAACAGUGUGCAUUAAACAAUAAAGAUCAUUAAAUAUUCA